AUGAUGAAAAUCUUUAAGAGGGUUCAUUUAAUCCGAACGAAACUGUACAAGUUUUCUGCAAGUGCCCAUCAAUCCACAUCCCAUCUUCACUCAAACCUUAAACCACCCAAAGCAAACCAAACCCUUAAAACAUACCUCACCUCCAAUUGCAACGCCAAAGCCAUCCUCUUCUUUAGACAAUUAUUACGACACAAUCCUUCGUCUAUUGACAGCUUCUCUUUCUUAUUUGUCAUACAAGCUUGCACCAAAAGCCCUUUCUCUCUUGAAGGCCAACAAUUACAUGCCAACCUAAUAAAAUUUGGGUUUCACUCUGUCAUUCACCUCCAAACCUCACUUUUAAACUUCUACUCCGCAUUAGGGAAUCUUCUUUAUGCGCAUCACGUGUUUGAUGAAAUUCUCAGCAAGAAUACGAUUUCCUGGACAGCCUUGAUUUCGGCUUAUGUUGUCAACCAGAAGCCCCAAAAAGCUGUAGAGUUGUUCCAGAAGAUGCAAAUGCUUGAUGUGGAACCUGACCAAGUGACACUGACGGUUGCUCUCUCUGCCUGUGCUCACCUUGGUGCACUAGAGAUGGGAGAGUGGAUUCACGCAUUCGUUCGGCGAAAACCAGAGCUCAUGGCAGACGCGGGCCUUAAUAACGCUCUCAUUAACAUGUAUGCGAAAUGUGGUGAGAUACAAACGGCAAGGAAUUUGUUUGAUAGCUUAGGAGAAAAGGACGUGACAACCUGGACUUCCAUGAUAGUGGGACAUGCAUUGCAUGGACAAGCAAAUGAAGCUCUUGGGCUUUUUGGUGAAAUGGAAGAAAUAAAAUGGAAGAAUAGCAAGAAUAAGGAAGAGGGUAAUCGUGGAAGUUCAACGAUUCUUCCUAACGACGUUACUUUUAUUGGGGUUUUGAUGGCUUGUAGCCAUGGAGGAAUGAUUGAAGAAGGAAAGAAAUAUUACCGACGUAUGGUUAAUUAUUACGGUUUGAAGCCUAGAGAGGUUCAUUUUGGUUGCAUGGUUGAUCUUUUUUGCCGAGCUGGGCUGCUAAAAGAAGCUUACAAUUUCAUCAUUGAGAUGCCUGGUCAAGCUAAUGCAGUGACAUGGAGGACAUUGUUAGGAGCUUGUAAUAUCAAUGGAGAAAUUGAGCUUGGUGAAAAAGUUAAGCUCCAAUUGCAGGAGCUGGAGCCUGGAUAUGUUGGGGACAGUGUUGCAAUGUCGAAUAUCUAUGCUGCCAAAGGGAUGUGGGAUAAGAAAGUGGAAGUUAGGGAUCAGAUAAAGCAGCUGAGAAGGGCUCCUGGGUGUAGUUCAAUUGAGGUAGCUAGUGAAAUCAGUGAGUUCAUCUCUGGGGAUGAUGAUCAUCCUUUAAAGACCGAGAUAUAUGAAGCCCUCAAAUAUUUGACCAUCAGUAUGAAAGCAUAUGACUACUCUCUUCAAAUAUCAAGCCUGCUUGAAUUCUGACCAAAAAGGUUUCAAACUGUAAGUCUGUUGCGCUAUGUUAUCACGGUUGUGGCCAUUAUUUGAAUUUCAGAUUCGGUUCUCCUGUAAACAUAUCCCUUAGCUGUUAAUAAUCAUAAUAUUCUGAAUCAUGA